CAGUGGGAUUACGGAGGGAGUGAUAGGAGCGCUAUCUUUGUCAGGGAUGCUGUGGCUGAAAGGUCCAGCGCUGCGGCCUUUACUCUGAAUCUCAGCCUGCCGACUUCACGUCGUUCCAGAUAGCUUUCUGUAGGGUUGUCAACCAUCGCCGAUUUAUGUUUAACAUUGAGUCGUGCAGGAAACCGUCUUUCUGUUUCGCAAGCGCCUAGGAAGGAUCUACCCACGAUGACUACAUUUCGCUGCUGAUUGUUCCAGUCUGCUCUAUUUAGGCUAUAAUAAUGAAGUAAAUGAAGAACGUUACUGAUCUCCAUCAUUUCGUAUUAGGAGCGUUACUCGCAUGACCUAAGUGUCCGUUCUGUUCCAGCUUCCACGAUGUUGGUCCCGGCUGAAAUAGGUUCGUCAGCCGGGUAACACUGCAAUACGAAGCAUCGACCGUGAGAUUUUCCAGGAUUGCGAAGGACUUUCAGGUUAUGAAGGACGUUACUGCCUUCUGUCAGCUCUUAUUAUAAUCCUCAUUACUUUGAGGCCAGCAUCUACGGCUGUUGGUUCCAGCGGAAAGAGGAUCGUCAGCCAGGAUAUAUCUAAUAUAAAAAUAAAUGACGGGCGUUACUGACCUCUGUCAGCACGUGCUUUCACAUUCAUGACCUCAAAUGGCUCUUCUAUUCCGGCUUCUAAGGCCGUUGAUUCCAGCUGCCAUCCAAUGGCUACUGUUUCUCCUCGUAUUUCACACGGACAACCUACUACCAUGGGAUUUUAUCAUCAGUUAUCUCCUGGACCUGCCUAUUACCAGCGUCAGUGCUGGCAACGGUCAUUUGGGAAGCAUGGCCAUUUCCAUGCUCAGGGCUUGGCUGGAGGGCGAUUGGAGAAUGUUGACACCUGGCAUGCUGGCGUGGACCCAGGUGAUCGGCUGGUGGUUGGCCUUUUCGGCGGUCAUGAUUUGCACGCUCAUUGGUGUCCGAGAUUUGAUCCUGUCUGCAUUCGCCGAUGCACUGGUCAGAGCAGUUGGAAGUCCUAAGAGUCAGACUCGCUGGAAGCUUAAACCCAGAGGCGUGCUGAUCAUAGAGAACCUUCAGCUGUCCCCUCUGCUUCUUGACGCCCUGGACCUCCCGUUAUCAGCACAAUCCGCUAAGGUGGAGACAUUGGAGCUCUCGCUUCCACUCCUGGCUUUCCUCCUCGCCAGCAACAUCUCUCUGCGAAUCACGGGGUUCCACGUGGAGUUGACUUCUCGCAAGUUCCCCUCUGAGAAGGAGAGCUGGUGGCUCGACGCUCAGGUGGAGGCAGAGAAGCGGGCCAGGCAGCGGCAAAUGCUGACAGACAUUGACAGGUUACUCUGGGAUGACAACUCCCCCCCUCCUUCCUUCUUCCAGAAGUUUCUAGACUUCUUGAUAUUCACCGUUGCCCUCCGAGCAGCACAGUGCACGCAGGUCUCCAUCUCCCAAGUGACCAUCCGCUUCCGACCCAGCAGCCUCAGCUCCCUGCCUCAGCGCCUCCACCGCACUCUCGCCCUCAGGCUCGACUCUCUCAGCGUCACCAACGGCUCUCCAGCUUCCACUGACUUGCUGCUUCCCAGGGCAAAGGUAGUGGACGUGCGAGGCUGCAAGCUCGAACUCGUGAACGAGUCAAGCAGGCCUUCAGCUCCUCCGGCUUCAAGGGCUGAAGCCGGCAGUGCUCCAGCCGGCAAGACUGCUUCUUCUAGAGGACUGCACAAGCAGGCUCCGCAGAGGGCUGCUGUUGCUGUGACUGUAGUGAAGCGGUGGAGCUUUUCUGUUACUGUGGAGGCGGGAUGGGGUGUAUGGCACCAGGGCAGCAAGGUCAGCGGAGUGGUGGCAUCUGCCUCGCUGGACAUGGGCGCUCUCAUCUUGAGUGCGAACGAAGUGGUUGUAGAGUACCUGUCUGGCUUGGCUGUGGACUUGGCUGAAUUCACGGAUUAUGCUAAGUACAGACAGACGCGCCCUCGUGCUCCGGUGCUUGAAGACCCCAGGGCGUGGUGGCGGCAUGCCAUAGGAAACGUGGCAAGAGAACUGCGAGCAGCAGCUAUGGACGUUGAAAUGACAGGGCUGUCGCACUCUGUCCAAGCCACCAUGCGCCUGCAGUACGAAAAGCAGUACAGUGACUUCAUUGCAGGCCGUUGCUGGUCCGUGAGUGCAGCACAGACGCGCCUGCAGCAGCUGGAGCAGCAGCUAGGCACGCUCAACUGCGCGUUUGUGCGGUUCAGAGUGGCACUGGCAGCAGAAUCUGAGGGAAUGCCCCGCAGGGAACCGGUAUGGGCUGCGCACAUGGCCAAUGUGAGCAGUAAGCUCCAGGAUUUGAACUACUUGCUCUCUGGUGGGUCGUUUCCCGAGCCUCAGGCUCAGAGACAGGUCGUUGAGGUCAGCAGCAGCCUUACCUGCCCCAAGUUGUGCCUCUUGCUGACGUCAGCGUCGGAUCUCGAUUGGGGUGCUGAGGUGUCGCUGAAUGACGUCGUGCUGAGGCUCACACAGGGGGGUGCUCUUCAUGCUGAGGUGUCAUGCAGGAAGCUUUUGGUGAGGAACUUCUAUGUCCCUGAGAGCGAGUGCGUUGGGAACAUCCUGCAGUCUGUCGGUUUCUUCCAGUCCUCCUCCUCUCCUUCCUCCACUACCUCCUCACCUGCCUUUGGCCCACGUGCCUCGUCUCCAUCACCAUCUUCAAUCCCUGGCUCAAGUCAACCUUCCCCAAUGCAGCCUUUCCCUCCUAACGACGCUGCUGUGUCUGCUGCAGCAGCUGGUGAUUCUGCAUCUUCCUCUCGUUCCUCAGGCGCCACUCCCUUCCUGGCUGUCUGUUUCAGCCAGAGGCACGGCUCUCAGCCCCGUCCCUGCCAGCUGCCCACCUGUCUGGUGGGCAGGCGGCAUCUCUUGUGCCCUUCAGAUCUCAAGAAGCGCUCCGGCCGUUUCCUUCGCUUCCUUCGGUCAGUCCGGUCUAAGAGGUACACGGGGGCUUUGCAGCAGGGCCAGGAUGCGGUGGAGACAGCAGAGGAGAAGCAGCAGCUGCAGUUUCUGAAGCGGCCUGUGGAAGGGGUGGAGGGGGAGAGUGAGCAGGCAACACAUGAAAGGACGGAAAGGAGCAGGAGAGGUAAAGGGGGGAAUGACGAGGUGAAGUGGAAAGGGGAGGAUGGACUGGGCCAGUUGGAGCUUGGCUGGGGCGAGGACGAGUUGCUGCGGCUGCACACACGAGUGGAGGCACACAUGUCUCCCCUCCGAGUCUUCCUCGACCGCCGAUGGCUCUUCCAGCUCAUGCAGCUCCUCUCCUCCUCCCCUUCGUCUCAGUCACAACCACCUGCAGUCACGGAUCCGAAUUCCAUUGCUGUCAGCCAGUGGCGAGGCAGAGUGCCUGCCCCCCUGCCCUCACAGCCUGGAGCGGAUCCUUACAGGGGUAUGGUCUCUGGAGAGGAUGUGACCAGCCGGGCUCAGGUUGGAGCUGGAGAUGGAAUGGGAUGGUCAGGAGAAGGGGUAGGGGGAAGAGGCGCGGAGAGGAUAGCAAGAGGUGCAGCAGGUGGUUCAGGUGACAGUGAGUGGAUGCCGGAUAUCACCAAGCAGCAGCACUACCUGUACCGGAGGAGGGGAGACUCCAGAGGCGUGGAUUCCUGGAGCAGUGGUGCUCUGGAUGGUGCUGCUGAUAGGCCUCCAGGCAUGUCCGGUGAUUCCACUGGAUACAGCUGUGGCGUCCGUGACGGUGGUGCGAUAUCGCUGAACCCGGCUCUGUUCCCGGAUCUGCAGGCGUAUGUGAGGGAGUUUGGGCAGCACGUGGCGAGGAAGCGAGUGCAGCAUGUCAGGGAUAACCUGCCAGAGGUUGCUGCCCGGGUUGGCAGCAUACUGUUCAUCAUCCCAUGCCGUGACAUUGACGUCAUACCUCGCCCUCCACCACCACCAGCACCUGCCACCCCUCACCGCUCACCGCUGUCUUCAGCUGGAGGUGACCGCGACUUUCAGGCAUUCUUUGGCUCGGGGAUGGACCAGCCAAGGCCACAAUCACAGCCACAGCAGAAUCACCAGCGACCACCCCAACGGCAGCGGAUCCAGCAGCAGAAGCAAGGUCAAGCGUGGCAGUCCCCGGGAAAGGGAGCACAGAGGAGGAGACCUGUAGCGCUGACCCCGCCCCUGCUGGUGAUAUUCGUAUCAGAGAUUGUUUUGGACACAAGGCCGUCAGAGAGUGUCGUUCACGUUCACCAGAAGCAAGAUCCCAGCUCGUCAGAACCAGGGGAAUCUGCUGACGACCAAUCUGUGGCUGCCAGGUGUCGCGAGGCAGUGGCGUCCUUGUCAUCGCACAAGGGGUGGAUGCAACGGCAGCAUGUGGGCCCACUGCCGCCUAACUCUCUGGAGCAGGUCAAGGUUGUCCUCACCAUCGAGGCAUUCUUGGCCCGUGCUUCCCUCUCUAACGUUGCUGACUUGCGAGACAGGGUGGACUUCUGCAAGUCAAUGUCAGUCAGUGCAUCUGUCGGUCGCUGCACUGAGCCCAUUCGAGACAAACCAACCACGCUGCUGAGUGCGGAGCUGGUCACUUCAGUCCUUGUCAUUCAGCUCUCCCCCCUCAUUGCCAAGGAGGUCUCUCGCCUCGUGCACAUCAUGAUCGAAACCUUUGCGAGCAAGGCCGAUCUCCCCUCAGCCUCCAAGGAUCCGCCACCACCAGCGCCACCUCCCCCAGUUAUACCUGGAGCUCAGCAGCUGGGAUGGAGAGUCUCCUUCAAGGGAGGUGGCUUCGUGGUGGAGGCAUGCCAGGAGAUGGUGCCGCACCGAAAGGCGGAUUGCCCCUAUGGUGUGUGCCACUGCCACCAGUGGGUGACCUCGUCCGACACUGCAGCGGUGCAAGCCGUGCUGCACACCGCAAAGGACAUGCAGGGCUUGCCUCCUAAAGGACCUACUCCCAUGGUCCUGUCACCUGCUGCUGCGUCGAGCUCAGCUUCAGCAGCUGCUUCUGCUAGAGGGUCGGCUGCAGCUUUGGAGGACCUGCGCCCGGAGCCAGUGGUGGUGUUUCGAGUGCGCCUGGACAAGAUACGUGUGAAGGCCGAGCAGCACAACGACCAGUUCUCUCUCGUGUUGCUGCUCAGAGGAAUCUCCAGUGGCCGGAUCUUCCCUCCUGUAGCAUCUGUGAGGAGGCUCUUUCCUCCAGGAACGGCAAUGACAGCACCGGCGUUUUACCGUUGGCGCCUUAACACAGUGGUGGCGAGGGGUCACAGCCAGGAGGGCAUUCUGGCUGCCUAUGAGGCGCUGCAGCGAGCCAAGGCUCAGGUCGCAGUGCAGCUUCACGAGAAGGGAACACUUCACCAGGUGGCUGUGCGAGUCGCCCUCCUCCCAUUCGCCUGCGACACCAACAGCCUAUCAGCUGUGCUGACCUUCCUAACUCACCUUCAGGCCGCUAUCUCCCGAGUCAGCACGACUCCUAUCCCCCCCGGAUCCCAAGCCUGCCAGCUGCAGCCAUCUGGAGGCAGUGACUUCGAGAGGGAUUGGAGGAGCGCGCCCCCUGCCGCCUCCUCUGCUGCUCCUGCUUCUACUCAGAACCAAACGAGAAGCCAGUCUGAUGGGCAGCUGCACGUGUCCUUUAGGGGGACAGACGAGGAGGAGGAGGAUGAGGAGGAGGAAAUGGAGGGGAUGCGAGACCGAGGCAGGUGGUCUGGGAAGGAGGUUAGGGAGGGAGAAGUGGAUGGUUCUGGGCCUUCUGGAGGGUAUCGCUUGCAUAGGGUGCAGGGAAGGAAGCGUUUGAGCCAGGACAUGGGAGGAGGGUUCGAAGGCAGGGAGGGAGGGACAGGUACUUCCGUGGCUUCUGACGAGGGUACUGAGAGGGCAGCAGAGAAGGUUUCUCUGGAUGAAAGUACGCAAAAUAUCGACAUCUUGGGCCCACAUUCCGAGUGGCACUCCAACGGGGAGCCGCUGGAAGGGAUGAGUGGGAGGGGAGUCAGAGGAGGGGGGCUGGGGGGUGCAGGAGGAAAGGCAGCGGGGAGGGGAGAAGGGAGCAGGGUGUAUUCGUCCAGUGGGUGGAGAGCUAGGGGAGGGAAGUGGCUGGGAGAUGAGUCAGAUGGAGAGAAUGGGAAGGGGGACUCAGAGGAUGAGGAGGUGUGGGAGUUGCAGGCGGAGCUUGGGUGUGGCAUGGUGAUCAUGUCGAUUGGAGGGGUUUCUUUCGGCAGCGUGAUCAUGCAGAGAGUGAAGGUUGACAUCACAUCGCAGCCAGAUGCAGUGGAUGUGGACAUGACAGUGGGCAAUCUGGAUGUGGUCGACAUGCUGGCCAACUCCCCACACUACUCCCACAUCUUUCAGCCCAACGGAGACCUUCCGAGCCUCAGCCUUGUGGUUCGUCAGAACAUGGUCCAGCGAGGAUCGAACCUACCUGCCAUUCCUCAGGUGUGUGUGUUUGUGGAGAGCCAUCAGACACGGCUGAUUGGCAUCUGCCGCUUCUUCAACGACUUCGCCCACUUCGUUGAGCGCCUUGUCCCCAUCUUCUCACCCCAGGCAGCCGGUCCAUCCAAAGAAGACAGCAGCUCAGCCAAGAGCCAGGGUGCCAAGAGUGAGGGGUCAAAACGCGAGGAGGGUAAAGCAGCUGGGGAUUCUGAGGGAGGUGAAGCCCCUCCGCUGGUGUUCCUGCACAUCUCGGACUUGUCGCUCUGCCUCCCACUGUCGUCAUGGAGCGAGGAGUCUCUGGAUGUGCGAGCGGAGACCAUCACACUCAUCGUCCCCACUCCUGCUUCUCAGCGCCUGGCCCAGCACACGCUGCAAAGACUCUCUUCCAGCAUCUGCCCGAAGGACCCGUUCUUCUGGAAGCCCCUGGUGGAUGCUCUCGACCACUCCCCCCCAACCUCCUCCGACUCUGUUGGCGUUCAGCUCUCCCGCAUUGGGGCCUACUGGUCCCCUUCUAAGAGCGUUACCCCCAAGGUGGAGCGGAACAUUGUCUCUGAGAGUGAUGUCUUCAUCUCCGUGCAGUCCAAGCCAGCCCGGGUGCACGUGCACUGGCCGCAGGUGGAGAUUCGCCUGGGCCUCACGCAGUACAACGCCAUCAUGACCCUCAUCUUCCAGAACUUAGCAGAGGGAUGCACCUUCACAGACGACCAGGUGCACAACCCCCUGGUGGGGAAGCCCAUGGGCGGUGGUGGCGCUCCUCCAGACCCCUGCGUGAGCCUGGCAGGCCUCACCCCCAACCUCGAGAUCCAGCUUGAUUUUGGCCGCGCUGUCAUCAGGGCGGAGAUAGAACGGCCUGCCACUCUGGCCGAGAGCGGCUUUGGUGAUCCCCUUUUGUCCUUGAGAGUGCAUCGCCUCACCAUUGUCUCCUCCAACUACACUGACUUCUCGCAAGUGACAGUGAAGGCGUUCCGUCUGCUCAUGACAGAUGAUAGGUUCCUCAAGUACUCCGAGUCAGAGCUGGCCAUCAUCGAGACAAACACACAGCGUGCCAAGCCAUCCCCUGCCACAACCCCAUCCUCCAAUCCCCCUCCUGCUGCACCCAGUCCUCUGCACCUCUCCUCACCUCCCAACCGCCCCCGCCCCCGCACUACCCCCCUGGGAGGAGACACCGGGCGAGGGCUCGGGUGCGACUUAGACAGGUCGUUUCUGGUGAACGUGGUGAUGAAGAGGGAGGGGGCGGUGGGCGUGCAGGUGGUGCUGGAACGCACGGGCAUCGUGUGGCCCUUCUACACAGACCUCUCGCUGGUGUGGGAGCUGCAGGAGGUGGUUGCGGGGUACUUUCAGAAGCCGGGGUGUGCGCUGGGGCCCGCCAGCCUUCAGCCAGACUCGUGGCUGAUGAUCAACGUGCUGCUGCAUGACUUCGACCUGCUGCUUCCAGUGCCAGAGGAGAGCCUCAUCAACGUCUUCCCGCCUCCUUCCUCCUCCCACCCCUCCAGCCCUCCUCCUGCUGACCGCUCCCGCCUCGCCAUCCCAUCACCCAUCACCGCUGACUCUCCAGCCUUCCACUCAGCCCACUCCCGCAUGCCUGCUCCCUUCAGCCAGUCUGACCGAUUCUACGAUGCUCCUGAGGCACUGGGUGCGAAUCGCCGCACUGGCAUCAGUGCUGCUGCUGCUGCUGCUGCUGCUGCUGCUGCUGCUGCGGCUGCUGGCAGUACUGGCAGUAACGCCAGCGGGCAGUUUGCGAGUGCGAGGCACACCUUUCUGGAGCCGGUGUGGGUGCCUGAGCUUCAAAUCUGGAGUGACGAUGUGGACCUCUUUCUCUCAGAGCUCCAGGCCCACGGGCUGAAGAUCAAGGGGAGGACGCUCAGAUUUGGGCAUUUCUCUGGAGGGGACGGGGAGAGCAAGCUGCUGGUGGACUUUAUCCGCGUCAGCAGUGUGUUCAUUCACCAGUCCCAGUACUUCGCCCCUCAUGAUUUCUUCGGGGAGUUCACGGCUCAGCUCUUGUUCAGCCAGCACUCACCCAAGCAAGUCAAUAAGCAGGCCAGCCUGCUGUUGCUGCACAUUACACCUGAUGUCCAUCCUUCUCUCUUCUCGUCUGCCUCUUCGUCUUCUGCUGCUGCGUCUCCUGCCUCCACCACUGGGGCGCUUUCAAGCGGCACCUCCUUCAAGCCUGGCCGUCUGCCCGUUUACUUUGUUUUCUCUCAUCUGGUGGUGCUCAGCUCCUUCCUCCGAACGCUCAACAUCCGCCUCAAGCGCAGCCAGGGCAACCUGCUGCACCAGAAGCUGGGCCUGUACGGGGACCCGCUGCCGCCCGCCUUUGUGCCGUCCAAGCUUGGCGUCAACCUGCAGAUCCACGAGCUCUUUGUGGCUCUCAUCGACGACAGGAUGGGAAACCCCACGUCGGUGCUGGAGCUGGCCGCCAAGAGCAUCACCUUUAACGCCAGCAGCCAGAUUCUGGUUGACGGCGGGCCCGAGCUGCUCUCCUGCCGCCUCUCCCUCACCCUGCUCUCGAACUUCCUCAACUCCGGCUUCGAGAUCAUGGAGCCAAUGACAGAGGCGUGGGAGCUGGGCGCUGAAGUCAAGUCCACGGGCAACCACGUGACGAUAGCGGUGGACUCGCACGAGCUGCUGAACGUGAUGUUCACGCCCAUGCAGCUGCGCUCGCUGGGAGACGCCCUCAACUUUUACACCAUGCUCUCCAACUCGCUGCUUCCCGUGCCUGGGGGCAGCAUGCACGGCGGAAGUGACUUUGAUGAGUUUGGGUCUGCAGCAUCCUCAGCGGCUCAUGUAGGGCCGGCUCUCCAACAUGCCAGCUCGGCCAAGAUGGCCAGAGCCAUGAGCAUGCUGAGAGCACGCGAGUACUUCCCCCAGUCCGCAACUCUUGCAGAGAGGCUGGAGGCAUCGCUGCAGGAGGUGGCGGUGGGAAUGGUGAGCUACAGAAUUGUGAAUCUCUCGGGCCACACGCUCUACUACUGGACAGAGAAAGAGGAGGACAAGUCCAAGACGUACUCGGUGGAGGAGGGCGAGGAGCAGGUGGUGGAGGUGCAGCCGGUGCAGAAGGUGGUCACGCUGAGGGACACGCGCAAGAUCCUCGCGCGCACCAUCUGCGUCAAGCUCAAGGGCGACUGGCUGCCCAUCAACGACAUCGUCAUGGAUAAGGUGGGCAAGUACGUGAUGGACCUGCAGCUGCCCGGGAGCACGGUGGUGCUGCCGGUGGUGUUUGACGUGACGCUCAAGUCGCGCACCAAGAUCAUCACGGUGCACUCCACCAUGCACCUGCGCAACGACCUCGACGUGCCGCUCGUCUUCUUCGCGCUGCUGCCCAGCCCCAGGGAGACCGGCGGCGAGACUGCCAAGUCCUCCUCGCAAGUCUCCAAGUUCUCACUCGGUCCCAUAGCUCCCGAGCAUCAGGUCUUCAUGCCCAUCUUUGCCGCUCUGGGAGGCCAACUCAUGGCUCAAGCACAGGGCUUUGCUCGCGCUGAGAAGGACGUGGUGGCGCUGGAGCCGGAGCACCUGCUGGAGCAGCAGGGCCUGCUGGAGUUUCCCAUCCUGCAGCAAUGCACCCGCUCCCUGCUCGGGGGCGCAGGCAGCAGCAGCAGCCGGCACCUGAGCCACAUCGGCAGCAUGGCACGGAGGCAUAGCGAUGGCGGGGGGAGCUUGAGAUUGAGUGACUAUGGGAGCGUGAGGAGGGGGAGUGUGGGGAACGAAGGAGAGGAUGAUUUUGAUCGGAGCAGUGCUGGAGGGGGUUCUCUGGAGGAGUUUGACACUGCGAAUGAUGUGAGGCGGCCGUUCUACUGCUGCUUGCAAGUGACCUCGGAUCCUCUAGCCCACAGUGCGAGCAGCGGGCUGUAUGAGGAGUUCACUCUCUCUUUCGUGCCCCCUGUGGCCAUCCAAAACGGCCUGCCGUACGACAUUGAGGCGUAUGUCUGGGACGUGGAGUGGGGCACACGGCACAUUGUCUACGUCCCCUCUGGCGAGUCUCAGGACCUCUAUCACGUCAGCUUGGACCACACACUCCAAAUGCACCUUGCGCUCUUUGUGCCUGGGGCGGAGUACAGGACGCGCCGUCGAUACGCCAUCCACUUCCCUCCCAACCCGUUGCUCCAGAAGCAGUUUGGCAGCCGUGCCUUUGCCUACGACGUCCGCAGCCUCCGCCUGGCAGUCAAGUGCCGCCUCUUCCCACAGCACAACCCAUCUGCGUCGCCCAUAAUGCUCUCCAUCGACAACCGCCACAACUGGCAGUCGCGCAACCGCAGCAUCGCGCUGCUCGCGCACUACUGGGUCGUCAACCUCACCAAGUUCCGCCUCAAGCUCUCCACUGGCUCCUCCAACAACCCUCUCGACUGCCCGCGCUACCAGGAGGGCCAGCCAGCCCUGCUCAAUGUGCGCCGGGGGGCGAUCACCGCGAUCAGCUUGGAUGGAUUCCAUUGGUCCAAGUCGAUCUCAAUAGAUUCUGUCGGGAUCAAGGGGUCGGUUGCAGUUGCUGGCCCUGCCUCCACACUCUCACAGCAUCAGCAUCAAACCUCGCAGCAGCAUAGCGGUUCUUCGGCGGGUUCUGCUUUGCUGCGGCAGCACACAACAGAGGAGUGGGAGAACGUUGUGCAGCUGGAUGCUCCUGCUGGCACUGCCUCUCGCCGUGCCACCUCCAUCACACCCUUCCCAACCCUGCGGCGCUUUGAGUUUGGUGUGGAGGUGCGGCUGGCCCCUUCAGUGUGCGAGGGCACGAAGCUGGUGAUCAUCUCGCCGCGCUUCAUGGUGUCCAACCAGACCGGGCAGCCCAUCCAGAUCGCACAGAUUGGCACCACCACUGCUCGGGUUCUGGGGGACAAGAUGCAGCAGCCGUACCACUGGGAUGACGAGAGGCUCGGGCCGUAUCUGGUGGCUCGGUUGCUGAGCAGCGAGCUGGAGGAUGAUGAGAUGGAUGACGAGGAGGAGGAGGAUGAGGAGGAGGAGGCUGACGGGGAGAGCUUUUCCUCUGAGGAGGAGAAUGGUGAGGGGGAGGAGGAGGAUGGGAGAGGGGAGAGAGUGGGGGAGAGGCUCGAGGGACGCAAGGGACACGAGGUGGGUGAAAGGCAGCUGGUGCGGAGGGACACAGAGGAGUCGCAUGUUUCAGACGAAUCCAUGGAGGGCAGCGGUCAGGUGCGAUUGGGGUUGGACGGAGGAGCUGGAGGCGUGGAUGAUGGUGGGGCCAGCAGCAGCAGUCACAUGCUGGCGAUGGGGCUGUCAACGACCCAAGAGACAGCCUCAAGUGGCAGGCUGAGAGGCAGCAUUGGCAGUAACAGGCAGCCCCACAGUGGCGGCAGAAGCAGGCAGGGGGUGAGCAGUAGCACUAGAAAGGAGGAGGAAAGGCGCAGCAGGAGGGAAGAGGGGAGCAGUAGACGCACGGAUGGGAGCAGCAGGCGAUCAGGAAAGAACGGAAGUGGAACGAGUGGCAGCCACACGGAGAGUAGAGCGAGCAGCACAGGGGGGUCUGGAGCGCUGAAGAGGAGUGGGGGAAGGGGGCCGAGGAGCAAGGGGGAGAUGGAUGUGGACUGGGACUGGUCUGGCGCCUUUGAUAUAGACAAGCCGGGGGAAUCUGCAGUGCGGAUUAAACACCGGCACAAGAAGGGCAAGUACGCCAUCAUCUCUAUCGAUGUCUCGCUCAACGGCGCCUCGGCUCUUGUCACCUUUGAUGUCUGCAACUCGAAACACAAGCCCCCGCCCUAUCGGAUUGAGAACCGGUCGGCCUUCAUGAGCAUCAAGUACGGGCAGCUCACCACCGCCACGCGGCAGCGGCUGCCUCCCAACCACUCCACCAGCUACGCGUGGGACCAGCCGCGCAUGGCCCACCUGCUGCACGUUGAGAUCGAGGGCUUCAACAUGACCCGCGAGUAUGACCUGGACGACAUCCGCGAGCUGCCCACCGUCAUUCUCUCCGAAGACGACUUCACCGGCAACACGUCAUUGCGAGACAGGAUGUUUGUGAUGGUGGGGACGCAGGCGCGAGCCGUGGCAGUGUUGUACGUGAACGUGUAUGCGGACGGGGCUACCAGAGUGCUCUCCUUCUCCGACACCAAGCACACCUCCAAGGUAUCGGAGGACGACGAGCGCGCCUCGCUGCAGGAGAAGCUCCAGGUGACGGGCGAGAGAAUCGACUUCGCCCGCAAGGUUCUGCAGCGCACUCGGGCCCUCGCUGGGGACGACUCAGGGGAUGCUUCUGAGGCGGAGCCGUCGUACAUCCAGACGCCUGAGUACAGUGCAACAAUGGCCAGUUUCACGUCCAACAAGUUCCCCUCCCUGCCCGCUGUUGACAGUAGCUCCUCUGGCAGCCACUCUCGCAGCACCGUGCCGCUCCUUCGCAACAGCAAUGCCACUCCUGCCGUCACCACAAACAGCAGCAACCCUGCUGCUGCUGGUUCUGGCCCUACAAUGGAGCACACUGCUUCCGGCACACAUUCGGAGGCCUCCUCCCCUCGCACUCCUCCAGCCACCCUCGACUCUUCCCUUGGCAGCGCUGAUCCCUCAGCUGCUGGUCCAGGGGCUGGUGAUCCUAGCCCCAUGUUCACUCCGCCAAGAAGCCCCCUCCUGCGGAGCACUGCCCUCCUCCCCUCCACAGCUGCUGCCACUGCCAAAGAGGCUCGGUCUGCUUUCCCUGCGAGCAGCAGGGCCGUCAGUGCUUACUUAGAUGCGUCUGCUGAGCACCGCAAGUCGCAGCACGGCAAGGCGAAGCACCGGAGGUGUAGGAGCCAAGAGUCAGGACUGGUGCAAACAGGAGAGAGCAUGCCAGGCGCCAUUAUGAGAAGAGAUGGAAAGACAUCAGCUGAUGUGGAUGGCAAGGCACGGAAAGGGAAGGGUGUUGCGAAGGAUGAUAUGGAGGUUUUGGAGGUGUUGAAAAGGAGUGGUAGAUGGGAGAGAAGCGGUGACACCUACACAGAAGGCAGCAGUGUUGUGGGCAUGCCAGGCUCUCAAGAAACACCCAGAGUGCCUGGUUUGUCAGUCGCCGAGCAGACAAGGGCAGAGGCAAAGAAGCUCCUCCAGCCAGAGGCAGGAAGCAGUGGCAGUGCAGAGGAGCAUGCAAGCAAGGCAGCACAACUGAAAGGACAGGAGCCCGGUUCUUUAUGCACCGAAGUGACAAGGGCAGAGGCAAACAACCUCUUGCAGUCACAGGCAGGAAGCAGUGGCGGUGCAGGGGAGAAUGCAGGCAAGGCAGCACGGCUGAAAGGGCAGGAGGCCCUGGACUACCUGUAUCUCCCUGCAAGCGCGCCUGACGUGCCCGAGUACCCAAUGCGGCUGGUGGAGAUGACAGCACGUGGCGUGCAGGCAGGGCUGCAGGUUGUGAAGGCAGGGAUAGGGGUGGUGGAAGGGGUAGGGGGGGCGGUGGUGGAGGAAUACAUGGAGGAGAGUGGAGGGAAAGAGAUGGGGGGCGAGAAGGUGUUGGCAAAGGCGUUGACAAGUGAGAAACUGGAAGGGGCAGCAGGAGUGGCAGUUAAGGAAGAGGCGCAUCUAGGGGAGGUGGCUAUGGAGACAGAUGCAACGGCAGCAGCUGAUGCAGCAACACGCUCAGACGCCUCAGCUGUAGGUGGAGAAUCAGUGGGUGAAUCAGCUUCACCUGCUGCAGCUGGUGGGUCGGCAGAUUCCAGCAUGUGUGCUUCUGCCUCCUCUUCUACUGCCUCUGGGUCUGGUGAGAGGGGUGGAGCUCCACCAAUCAAAACAGGUGGGGGGUCGUGGCGUAAAAUGAAAGGGCUGCGGUUGGCGUUCAUGAAUCUGGAGAAGGGGAAGAAAAAGGCAGACCUGCCUGGACCGAAACAACCACAGGAGGCCACAGGAGCACGAGGGGAGGAUGGUGCGGAUAUGAAGAGGGAGGAUGGCGCGGAUAUGAAGAGGGAGAAUGGCGAUGGCGCGGAUAUGAAGGGGGAGGAUGGCGCGGAUAUGAAGAGGGAAGAUGGUGCGGAUAUGAAGAGGGAAGAUGGUGCGGAUAUGAAGAGGGAAGAUGGUGCGGAUAUGAAGAGGGAGGGUGGUGCGGAUAUGAUAAGGGAGGGUGGUGCAGAUAUGAAGAGGGAGGAUGAAGGGGGACAGGACAGCAGGCCAGAGAGGGGUAUUCCUGGGGGCAGUGACGAGGGCCAUCUCAGAGUUUUAGAGGCUGCUGCGUCUUGUGAUAGGGAGGGGGGGCUGACAAGUGUGAUGGAAGGCACAGAGGAGGGAGGAGGUGGGGAGGGCAGUAGCAGCACGGCAGGCAGGGAGCAGAGUAGUGCAGCCACAGGUGUGGGGAGCAGUGGGGACGAGGCAGGGGAAACAGAUAGGAAGACUGAGGGCGUGCGUGUGUCAGAUGCUGGGGAGGGAGAAGGGGCAGUUGGAGCCCAAUCCGAGGACGAGCGUGGAGAGGAACAGGGAAGAGUGGUGGUGGUUGAGAGGUGGAAAGGAGGGGCGGAAGGGGAUGGAGGAGGAGACCUUGGGCUUGCGAGAAUGGAAGUGCCAGUGACUGCGUCUCUGCUGAGCUCCUCACUGGCUGCUGCCCGCUUUGUGCUGGGGCUGAAGAGAGGGAGGGCCCUGCUUAAAGAUGGUAUCAGUGAGGGGGAGGGGGCUGGGGAGGAGGUAGGUGCUGGAGCUGAGGCGGAGAGUCAACUUGCUGUUGCUACAGGUGCUGCUGCUGCAAGUGGUGCUGCUACAGAUGGUGCUGCUGCAAGCGCUGCUGCUACAGGUGGUGCAGCUUCAGGUGGUGCUGUUGCAGCUGUCGCACAGACUGUUGAUUUGAGUGCUGCGGAAUCUAGUUCCUCUGCGGUUACUGGUGCCAGAGGAGGGCGCAUGGAAAGUGAUGCAGGUGGUGCUGAUGCGGAUGGUAAAGCCCUUGACGCCAAGCCCGCUGAAGCCAAUGUCGAUUCCAGUGCUGAUGAUACCCAUGCUGAGACCAACGCAUCUGGAGGAGGGAGUGCAGAUCAAUUCUCUCCCAGUGCAGGAGCCGUGUCAGUGUCAGACGGUGCUGGGUCCACUGCUAGUCUAGUCUGUCCCAGUGCCUCCAGCCCCAGAAGUUCCGGCCCUGCCUCUGCCACUGUCACUGCCCCAGCCACAGCUGCAGCUGCUGCUAGUAUGCCUGCCGCAACUACAGGUGCUGCUGCCACUGUGCCCCCUGUAGCUGCUGCUGCUGCUGCCACCGCCAACAGCAGGUCCGCAGGAAGCAGUCUGAAUGCGAAAAGCAGUUUCAAAGCAGCUGCUGCUCGAAUUGUCAAGCCUGCCGCUAAGCCUCACAGGACCACGUUUUCUCAGGUGGUCACUGGUGCCACGGCCCCUACUGCAGCUCCAAAUGCCCCUGUUCCAGAUACCGCCGCCACUGCUGCUUCGUCUGUCCCAAACACACGUGUGGCUGCUGAGGCUGUUGCUCCUGUUGCUGUACCUCCACCUGUCUCUGCUGCCCCUGGUUCUGCCUCAACAGUCCUGGCUGCUUUUCCUGGUGAAUCUGUGCCAGUGCCUGCGGCUUCACACGAUGCUGUCCCUGGUGCCUCAACAGCCUCUGCCUCGUCUCCCCUUCUUUACAAAAUAGCCACAUCCGAACCAGUCACAGAUGCCGACAGAGCUGCUGUUCCCGCUCCUGCUACUUGUGGUCCCAUGCUGCUUGCAACAGCAGCAGCAGCGAACGCCGAGUCAACUCCCCACCUGGACUCGCUCUCUUCCUUCCCUCCUCUCAAUCGGCAUCAGAAUCAACCGAGACCACCAAGUGCUGGCAGCACCGGAUCGUCUGGAAAGCUCCGGAAGCCAUUCCAGGGAACAGUUACCAAGCUGAUAGGGUCCUUUAGUAGACGUGGGCAGGAGAGACUGGCUGAGGUUGCCAAGGCUGCCGCUGCUGCUGCUGUGGCCACUCCUGCGGCUGCUGGUGAAUCUGUUGCUGCAGGCGCCUCUGUUGGUGUGGCCACAGCUGCGACAGCAAAUGCUGAUUCUGCUGCUUCUGUCACUACCUCUGCUACUGAUUCUCCAGCUAGCGAUGUGCUCUUGCUGCCCACUGCAGCAGCUGCUGCUGCUGCUGCUACUGGCACUUCAACUCACAGCAGCAGUGAGCGGCAGUUGUUGGUGACCUUUCCGCCUUCUGAGCUCUCUCAGUCAGCAGCAGAGGCGGAACAACACAGCUCGCACUCCACAGUUGCACCGGCAGCAGCUGAAUCAGCAACAGGAGCAGCAGAUGGAGAUGCAGCAUCGUCUGGAACCACAGGCGCUCCUGCGGUGCACAUCCCCAUUGAUUCGCCGCCUGCAAGCCACCGACAAUCGUCUCCCGAAACCAGAGCAAAGCCCGCCCAAAGCCGUGUGUCUUGGAAGGGUGUUGUGGGCCGGGUUGGAGGCAGCACCAGUGCUGCUGUGGUCAACACGGGGAAGAGUGUGAAGGGGCUGCAUCGGCCAUGCACUCCGCUGCUGCUGCUUUCCUCGAAGGCACGUCGGAGAAAGUUCGGGAGACGUUUCACGAGGCGAUGGAGGCGUUUGAAGUGGCGGAGGAGAGGGUAGAGGAGUUGCGCGCUGAGGAGGGUUUUAAAGCGCAAGUAGGUGCAAUGAAGGCGGUGCGCUCUGUUGAGUCUUUCUUUGAGAGCCAGGCAGGUAACCUGGCAGAAGCUACCCUUGUGCCCAGAAUGGUCGGAUCAGCAACAGUUGCAGAGCUCCGGUCGCACUGGCCCCAUGACAGCUUCCGGCUGCCGGCAUCUCAAAGCGAAGGGGGGUCACACAGGGGCGCGGACAGCACUGAGGUCCUGCCCGUGCCUUCAAUAGAGGAGCUCCAGAGCAUGGCAGGGGCGGUAGCAGAUGCUGAGCUGGAAUAUAUUGGGCAGAAUCGACCCUCUGGAUUGGUCAAGAGCGCAAGUGUGGCGGCAGGGCAGGUGGCAGCAGCGGCAAGGAGAGGCCAGGAUGUGGUGGCGAAGGUGGGGUCGGUGGUCAAGGGAGCCGUGGGGAGAUCCCUGGCGGCAGGGUCAGAGGUGGCUGUAGCAGAGACGAAGGCUCUGAUGGCCGGCACGGCUGUAGCGCUGAUUGCUGUGUCGGGCAAGCUGGGAGAGGUGAAGGAGCAAGUGGGACAGGAUGUGGAAGUGGGGUUGGCGGAGUGGCGGCGGCGCAUGCAGGAGGCGGGGCACGGGGCGGAGGAGGAGGAGGACAUCAGCGAGAUGCGGCAGGUGCGCAUCCAGCUGGGCAACGAGGAGUACGACGCCGGGGCCAUUGUCGGUGGCGACGUGACGAUUCACCUGAUCAAGGCCCGGGACUUGGGGGUUAGACCGGAGAAAACGCAUCCGUAUGCGGUGAUUCAC